AUGGCCCACAGCAUUGCACAUGUCCCACGAGGAGAGGAUCUUGCCAGUCAGGACUCCUGGGCCCAGGCAGGAAAUGCGGAGCGGCAGGAGAGCACGGACAGAGUGCACGGCGCCCAGGAGUUCAGAUGGAAGGAGUUGGCUGCAUUUGAGAGAAAGUGGCACUCCUCACUGGAGAGGGCGUCUGAAGUGGCGGCACGGACAGCGGAGGAAUGGCAGCCUCAGAGGGAUCUGCUGAAGGAAGCGGUUCCUCUGGCCGUGCCAAAGGUUUUCCGCCGGCAGCGGCCAGCCCACAGGGGCCUGGAGAAGCUGCUGCAGGAGUUCUCCUGCCAAGGGCACACCCUGUCCCAGGUGUGCAGAGAGAAGGCGGUGCUGGCACAGGAGAACGCUGCCCUGGAAGCCCGACUGGCAGCCACGGAGCGGGACCUGCGAGGCCUUUCAGAGCAGCUGGCAGAGGCCAGAUGUUUGUCGGACAGAGAAACAAAGAGAUACAAGCAAAAAGAGAAGGAUACUGAGCAAUUGCUCUUCAUCUUCACGCCUUGUAGGUCAGAGAAGGAGAGCCUGCAAAGCAGCCUGCUGGAGGCACAGCAGCACAUAUGGGAGCUGGAGAUGGCCAGGAGCCGUGUGGAAGCCCAAGUGUGCAGGGCCAGGCAGGCCAAGGAGGCGAUACUGGAGGAUGUGAGGGGCCUUCGUCGUGAGCUGCUGGCUGUAAGAGCUCUCAGCCAGCAGCAAUGUGAAGACAUGGCUGAACAGCUCCGCUGGGCACAAGAGCAGUGCUGCAAGGCUCUGAGACUCUGGCACUCUGCCCAGGAAGAGGAAAAAACGAAUCUCAUGCAAGAACUGGAGAGACAACUGGAAGAGCAGCAUGUGGAGGCAUGGAAGCAGCUGGAGGAACGGGCAAACUUCCUGGCAGAGACCUCCUUGCUGUGCUCCACUGGUGGGGAAAUGAAGAAGAGACAAUUGGGAAAAUCUUUAAUCCCCCGUCUACGCAAGGCAGGAAUUCCCCCUGUGGGCAGUGCUGCUGGGUCUGUGCACAGCUCUCCCCAGAUGGAAUUGCAGGAGUCCCAGGAGAUGAGGCCAAGACCCAGCAGCAGAAGCCAGGAGAAGACCCCAGAGCAUGCAGAUCUGACUGGCUACCCUCUUGCCAAGAGGUUUUCCCUGGCAAGUCCCUCGAUGCUCCUUCCCUCCAAGCCGUUGCCUCCCAUCCAGAGGAGCUCUCCUUCUGCCAUGCCAAGCAAGAUUUGCAGCGGAGAGCAGGAGACUGGGAAUGCUGGCAAUGGCUGGGAUGAGGAGAGUAGAAAAAACCAGGAGCUCACAGCAGAGGGAAGAGAGACCUCCUUGCUGUGCUCCACUGGUGGGGAAAUGAAGAAGAGACAAUUGGGAAAAUCUUUAAUCCCCCGUCUACGCAAGGCAGGAAUUCCCCCUGUGGGCAGUGCUGCUGGGUCUGUGCACAGCUCUCCCCAGAUGGAAUUGCAGGAGUCCCAGGAGAUGAGGCCAAGACCCAGCAGCAGAAGCCAGGAGAAGACCCCAGAGCAUGCAGAUCUGACUGGCUACCCUCUUGCCAAGAGGUUUUCCCUGGCAAGUCCCUCGAUGCUCCUUCCCUCCAAGCCGUUGCCUCCCAUCCAGAGGAGCUCUCCUUCUGCCAUGCCAAGCAAGAUUUGCAGCGGAGAGCAGGAGACUGGGAAUGCUGGCAAUGGCUGGGAUGAGGAGAGUAGAAAAAACCAGGAGCUCACAGCAGAGGGAAGAGAGACCUCCUUGCUGUGCUCCACUGGUGGGGAAAUGAAGAAGAGACAAUUGGGAAAAUCUUUAAUCCCCCGUCUACGCAAGGCAGGAAUUCCCCCUGUGGGCAGUGCUGCUGGGUCUGUGCACAGCUCUCCCCAGAUGGAAUUGCAGGAGUCCCAGGAGAUGAGGGCAAGACCCAGCAGCAGAAGCCAAGAGAAGACCCCGGAGCAUGCAAGCCUCUCACUGAGUCAGGCCAAGGAGACAGAUCAUCCCAGCAGUCCUGGUCUUAGGAGUGACAAAGAGCGGAGGGACAGCUUUGGAAAGACCCACGCUGAAUUGUGCAGGUUGGCUAAAGAGAACUUAGAGCUGAAGAAAAUGGAGAUUUUGAUGGAAGAGAUGAAGAGGAGACAAAAUGAAAAAUCCUUGCUGCUUCCUCCAGAGACAUUUGAGCCUGGGGAUGCAGCUGAAGCAAGUAAGUGGUGGCUACACUUGUAG